UCCCCCGCCCGUUCCCUCCUCCCUCGGCGGGUGUGCUCCGAGCGGCCUCGCCUCACCGCCUAGCGCCCCCCUCAGCCGUUGCCGCCGCCGCCGGCCAUGUCCCCCGGCCGCCGCCGCCGCCGCCCGAGCGCGGCGCUCCCGCGGCCCGGCGCGCACUGAGCGCGGGCCCGAGCUGCCGUUCGCCCGCCCCGGGCCCUUGUUCUCCGCGCCGCCGCCGCCGCCGCCGCCAUGUUUGGUUUGGAGCCGCAGCGGAGCCGCCGCCGCCGCCGCGGCUGACGAGGCCGAGCGCGGAGCCCGGCCCGCGCCGGGGCCCAGGGAGCGGCGCCGGUCGGAGUCCCGUCGGAGCCCGAGUGCCCGUCCGCCGUGCGAGCGAGCCGCCGGGCCCCCGGCCGCGCCCUCUGCCGCCGGCCGAGCGAGCCGCGGAACCCCGAGAGAGGCAGCACCAUGGCGGAGCAGACCUAUUCGUGGGCCUAUUCCCUGGUGGAUUCCAGUCAAGUGUCGACAUUUCUGAUAUCCAUUCUUCUGAUAGUCUAUGGUAGUUUCAGGUCUCUUAAUAUGGACUUUGAAAACCAAGAUAAGGAGAAAGACAGUAGUAGCUCUUCCGGGCCUUUCAAUGGCAACAGCACCAAUAACAGUAUCCAGACCAUUGACUCCACCCAAGCUCUGUUCCUGCCCAUUGGAGCGUCCGUCUCUCUCCUAGUAAUGUUCUUCUUCUUUGACUCAGUUCAAGUAGUUUUCACAAUAUGUACAGCAGUUCUUGCAACAAUAGCUUUUGCUUUUCUUCUUCUCCCGAUGUGCCAGUAUUUAACAAGACCCUGUUCACCUCAGAACAAGAUUUCCUUUGGUUGCUGUGGGCGUUUCACUGCUGCUGAGUUACUGUCAUUCUCUCUGUCUGUCAUGCUUGUCCUCAUCUGGGUUCUCACUGGCCACUGGCUUCUUAUGGAUGCUCUGGCCAUGGGUCUCUGUGUUGCCAUGAUCGCCUUCGUCCGCCUGCCAAGCCUCAAGGUCUCCUGCCUGCUUCUCUCAGGGCUUCUCAUCUACGAUGUCUUCUGGGUAUUUUUCUCAGCCUACAUCUUCAACAGCAAUGUCAUGGUGAAAGUGGCCACACAGCCUGCUGACAAUCCCCUUGAUGUCCUAUCUCGGAAACUCCACCUGGGUCCCAAUGUUGGGCGUGAUGUUCCUCGCCUGUCUUUGCCUGGAAAAUUGGUCUUCCCAAGCUCCACUGGCAGUCACUUUUCCAUGUUGGGCAUCGGGGACAUUGUGAUGCCUGGACUCCUGUUAUGCUUCGUUCUUCGCUAUGACAACUACAAGAAACAAGCCAGUGGCGACUCGUGCGGUGCCCCCGGUCCGGCUAAUAUCUCUGGGCGCAUGCAGAAGGUCUCCUACUUCCACUGCACCCUCAUCGGGUACUUCGUAGGACUGCUCACUGCAACUGUGGCGUCUCGAAUCCACCGAGCCGCCCAACCUGCCCUCCUCUACUUGGUGCCAUUUACCUUAUUGCCACUCCUCACAAUGGCCUACUUAAAGGGUGACUUAAGAAGGAUGUGGUCUGAGCCGUUCCACUCCAAGUCCAGCAGCUCCCGGUUCCUGGAAGUAUGAUGGAUCACGUGGGGAGUGACCAGGAUGUUAUCAUCGCCCUAUCUCUCACCUCGCAGUUUUGUUUCCUCUAAAAGCUGGCCUGGUACUCAGAGGAGCUGCAGCGUGACUGGGAUUUGCUUCUGAAGGGAGUGCCGGAGGGUGCUGGGGCCUGCAAGCCCUUGGCUUCCUGCACGCUAGGAGAGUGGACCUUCCAGAAGUGACUGCUCUCCCCGGCACUCCCUCCCCAGGUUUUAUGGAUCUGCACCAGACUGUUUCCUUGCGGGGAGCGGCAGAGCUGACUUAUUUAACAACUCCAGACAGCAAGGACUUGCUCUAGAACGUUGAACACUAAAGGGAUGGAAAAAAUAGCAAACAGAAGUUUCCUCAGUGAACCCUCCAAAACUUUGGGACCAGUUUCCUAUGGGGACUCCAUUUCAGAGACCUGGGACAGAAGUUCUGUCCUUCUAUUCUUUUUUUUUUUCCUUUUGGAUUUAUUAAAUAUUUUCUGUGGUGUGAAGUGA